GGAGCGCAAAGACCUUAGUGUUGUUGGCUUUUAUAGGCUCACACUUGCUCACCACUGCCAUAGACGUUAUCAUCAGAGGCAAUAUUUAUCAGCAUUCAUGAUGAGAUCUGUCAUGUUUAAAUUAUGAUGAUGAAUAUAUAGAGCAAGGGGCGUAUACUUUGUCUCACGUUUAUCCCUGAGUCUGCUGUGAUCCAUCGUUGCUUAACAUAAGGACACAAUGUCAUUGUCUGAUUCGAGAACACUACCAGAAAAUGGCACGUGCCACGAAUAUAUUGACAUGGACUUGUUUCUGCAUUGUUCCCUUGCCCCCUCGAUUCUUAUUAUUUUGUUGCUGUCCUUCCUCGAGAGACGUAAAAAUAAAACAAUGAUUGAUGACAAAAUCCAACUGCUCAAUGGACGUUUUGGAAUUGUUAUCCCUUUAGAUCUCAUUGGAACCUUUAGCAACAGAUGGACAUUUGGCUUUGCAUUUGGAGCAAUCGCUAAUAAAGUUAUGUCCCUGUUUUUUGAGGAGUACUUGCCAGAAGGAGUUCCUCCCUGGGCGAGAGCACUUGCCCUUUUAGUUGGAGCAAUAGAAGUGGGGCUGUCAUAUUAUCCUAUUUUUGCUUGUCUCUCCACGGAUAAUAAACUGGUUGGAUCUAUUACUGGAUUUUUGUACUCUCUAGUUUGGUUUGUUGUGACAACAAUAUAUAUUGUGGGAUGCCCUCACGGAGAUACUAUAGGGCUAAAUGAAAAGGUUAUUAUUUACUGGCCAUCAUUACUGUGUCUCCUAUUCCUAAUAGUGCGAUUUGUUUACAUAUUUGUAAAAUCUAUAAGAAUACUAGUGGGAGUAGAGGAUGCCAACCAUGAAGAAAAAAGUUUUCUACCAGUACAUCAAGCAGAACACGUGAAAAGACUCUUCAGAAAACCUGUACUAAAACCGAAAUCCUGGUUUGAAAGAAAAAUAUAUGAUUGGGAUCCAUGCUUUAAAUUUCCAAGUAGAAUGGUUGGAACUACAGUCCUCUCCUUGCUGUGCCUUUACAUUUUUGUUACUCUAGAGCUUAAUGUUUUUAUAUGGAUUUCAAUAUUGUUACAAAACUUAGAGGAUAAUUUAUCCCAAACAGAGGGUUUUAAUGACACCAUUUGGAUACAGGAAUUAAACGAAUCUUUUAGAGGAGUUUCAUUUUUCACUACUUUCUUAUCAGUGUUUUUUUCUGUGUCAUAUGUAUUUCAUAUAUUAGUAUGCUACAGAAAACAUAUAAAGCGACUCUGGGUAGGAGAAAAAGGUUUCCUGCCCAUAAAACAACACAAACCUUAUUCCUCUGAAUGUGUGGCUGCCCUUGCAAGAUAUUCUGGCUGGCAAGUUGCAUACAUUUUAUGGGGUUACCUGAUAAUGCACCUUGUUCAGAUUAUGUUUGGAAUGCUUUUUGUGUAUAGUAUUGUUUAUCCAAUAAAGCACGGUGAAGCAUUGGCAUUACUGAGGGGAUGGGGCUUCUCAAUCCUUACACUUGCAAUUGUUAUCGUACUAAUGAAAUCCCAAGUUAUGAUAGCUGCUAUUUUCUUCCUGCAAGAUAAGAUUUGCCCUAACGAUAAGCAGAAGCCUUUAGCUCUUAAUAACAGGAAGGCAUUCCACAAUUUUAAUUAUUUCUUCUUCUUCUACAAUGUGAUCCUCGGAUUAAGUUCAUGUCUAUUUCGCUUGAUCUGUGGCUUGAUUUUAGGCAGCUGGCUUAUUGCACGAAUAGACAGGACAUUGCUACAAAGAGGGUAUGAAUCUGCUGAUAUGGGUUAUAAUACAUGGAUUGGAAUGCUAUACGUGGAUCAUUAUCAUACUAACCCUGUCCUUGUAAGCUUUUGCAAUCUUCUCCUGACAUCAAGAGCUGAGAGAAGACUAAGGGAAUCUUCUACAUAUCAAAAUUGUUCUAGUCUAACAGGAUUUCGUGUAUCAGCACAAGCUAAAACAAGAUGGCUCCUAUCGUAUACACUUUUAAGCAACCCAAGACUUAUAAUAAACAGGAAGAUUAAAGUACUGGAUGAUUUACAGAUAGUAAACAAUGUGAUUCAAAACAGACUUAUCCAGGCCUCAGUGAUGGAAGCUGAAUCAAGAAAUCAAGAAAAGCCCAUUGAUAUCAGCAGUGUGGAAAUCAGAGAAGGACACUCUAUAUUUUUUUAGACUCCAGACAAUAACCUGAAAAUAAAGAUAAUGGUACAUUCCAAGAAACAAAUCUUGAAAACUUCUGAAUUAAACAUUUCAGAUAUUUUGGACAAGUAUAGUGUAUUUUCUAUGUCAUUGUACACCAAUGUUUUAUUAAAAACAGUUAUAUUUUUUUCUAAAA